AGGACAGGAAACUCGGCCGCCUCGGUGCCAUGCAAGCUUGAUUUGAAGUUAAUCGGGGCGCCAAAAGGGCCGUUGACGUUGGUCCUUGCAGCUACAGUACGAGUAAAUUUAUCUACUUGCGCAUCUUGCAUAGAGCUGGGCAAGGAUUUUGAGUUGCCCCGCACUGAGUGAGACUGAUGUGAUGGCGGCCAUGGGCAGAGGAAGGAAACCGAAUGAGACGAGAUCAGAUGAGGCGAAGGAGCCAGAAGGGACGCUGCAGGCAAGGUGACAUCCCAUCCCAUCCCACUGCCCCUACCUUGUCGAGCUCAUUUGCCCGCGGCCGAGGUAGGGCCAGCUACCCAAGUAUCAAUCAAAUAUGGAUAGUAUUAAAAGGAAAGACAAGGGCCGGCAAAUAGAUGAGCUGCCUCAAUCGCAUCCCGACACUCAAUUGACCAUGGCUGUUCUGUUGGCCUGGAUAUUGCUUGCCAUCACAGCUGUUUCGAGCUCCUCGAUGCUGCCUCGGGCAUCUAAAGAUCCAUUGGCUGCGUGUCCAGGUUACAGAGCAUCGAAUAUCAAGACUGGAUCAUCCACCCUCGCAGCUGAUUUGACUCUUGCUGGUCCUGCUUGUAAUGUUUAUGGAGAUGACUUGAAGAGCUUGACUUUACAAGUGGUGUAUGAGACAAAUGAUCGAAUUCACGUAAAGAUUCAGGAUGCGGCGGAUAUCGUCUACCAGAUCCCAGCCAGCGUCCUUCCACGCCCGACAGCUUCUCGUGGAAUCAAUUCCAAAAAGGCUUCGAUUCAGUUCAAAUAUACUGCGUCUCCGUUCUCCUUCUCCAUCACCCGAGCCAAGACCGGAGAAGUAUUAUUUGAUACUUCGGCUGCAAGUCUCGUGUUUGAGUCUCAGUACCUCAGAUUGAGGACAUCGCUUCCCGCAAACCCAAAUUUGUACGGCCUAGGUGAACAUUCAGAUCCCUUUCGCCUCAAUACCACAAACUACAUUCGUACCCUAUGGUCUCAAGAUUCCUACGCAAUUCCAGCUGGGGCUAAUCUCUACGGCAACCAUCCUGUGUACUUUGAGCACAGAACGACUGGGACACAUGGGGUGUUCUUCGCCAAUUCCAAUGGCAUGGAUGUCAAGAUCAACAAUACCAAUGGGAAAGACCAGUAUCUAGAAUACAACACCCUUGGUGGCGUUCUAGACUUCUAUUUCCUGGCUGGCCCUACUCCCGUGGCUGUUUCGCAGCAGUAUGCCGAAGUUGUUGGGUUGCCUUCGAUGCAAUCGUAUUGGUCAUUUGGUUUCCACAAUUGCAGAUAUGGCUACGAAGAUGCGUUUGCAGUCGCAGAGGUGGUCUACAACUACUCGAAAGCCGGUAUUCCAUUGGAGACCAUGUGGACUGACAUUGAUUAUAUGGACAGGAGGAGGGUCUUCUCCCUCGAUCCUGAGAGGUUUCCUCUCGAUAUGUUCCAAGACAUUAACCACUAUUUACACGCGCACAACCAGAAGCAAAUCGUAAUGGUGGAUCCUGCCGUCGCUUAUCAGCCAUACCCACCCUACCAACGCGGAGCGGAAGAUGGCAUUUUCUUGAGACGGGACAAUGGUUCUUUUUGGCUGGGAGUGGUGUGGCCUGGUGUGACUGUUUUCCCUGAUUGGUUCAACAAGGAUAUUCAGAGUUAUUGGAACAACGAGUUUUGGACGUUUUUCUCGCCCAAGAAUGGAAUUGAUAUCGAUGGGCUAUGGAUCGAUAUGAACGAGCCGUCCAACUUCCCUUGCAAUUUCCCUUGCUCGGAUCCAUAUGCGGCAGCUGUAGGUUUCCCUCCCGAAGCCCCGCCAGUUCGAAGCCCGCCUCGCUCACUACCUGGCUUCCCUUGCUCUUUUCAACCAGCUGGAUGCGGUGACAGUAAGGAGCGGAGAGAUAUCGAAAAGUCAGAUGUGUCUGCUCCACGUUCGAUUGCCUUGAUUACAGAGCGGCAAUCAUCUGGGAAAGUAUUGGGUUUGCCUGGACGAAAUUUGUUGUACCCUAAGUAUGCAAUUCAUAAUGCAGCUGGGACGGACAACGGUCUUGGAGGUGGCAUCUCCAACCACACCGUCAACACUGAUGUCAUUCAUCAAAAUGGCCUUGCUAUGUACGAUACUCAUAAUCUGUAUGGAACAAUGAUGUCCACAGCUUCUAGAAAUGCGAUGGAGAACCGCCGUCCUGCUGAGAGACCACUCAUCAUCACUCGAAGUACUUUCGCUGGUGCUGGUGCACAUGUUGGCCACUGGCUCGGCGACAAUGUCAGUUCUUGGUUAGGCUAUCGAAUUUCUAUCCGUACAAUGCUUGCCUUUGCCUCAAUCUACCAGGUCCCCAUGGUUGGCUCCGAUGUUUGCGGAUAUGCAGACAAUACCACAGAGCCACUUUGUGCUCGCUGGGCUACCUUGGGUGCGUUCAGCACGUUUUAUAGAAACCACAACGGAUACCAGCCCAACAUUGCUCAAGAAUUCUACCAAUGGGCAAGUGUGACGACUGCCGCUAAGAAGGUAAUCGACAUCCGCUACCGCCUGCUCGAUUAUAUCUACACCGCAUUCUAUGAGCAGACUUUAGACGGCACCCCACUCAUCAGCCCCAUGUUCUACAUCUAUCCAUCAGAUCCAGCUACAUUUGGUCUUGAGCUUCAAUACUUCUACGGGCCCUCAAUCAUCGUCUCACCAGUGACAGAAGAAGGAUCCACCAGUGUUUCCGUCUAUCUGCCGAAAGACAUCUAUUAUGACUUUUACACACAUGCUCAAGUUCAAGGUAAAGGAGCGGCCUUCCAAAUCAAUAAUGUGGCACUUACCGAUAUUCCACUCCACUACCGCGGCGGCGUGAUUGUUCCUCAGCGCAUCGAAAGUGCCAUGACGACCACCGAUCUGCGUAAGAAAGAUUUCGAGAUCUUCGUCCCUGUCGGCGCCGAUGGAAAAGCAUCAGGCUCAUUGUACAUUGACGAUGGUAUCAGUCUUGAGCAAAAGGGGACCACCUAUGUCAAGUUCGACUUCGAUGGGAAGACGUUCAGUGUUAAGGGAGAGUAUGGAUACAAGUCAGGUGUCAGCGUUAAGAGGCUCGUGUUCUUGGGUGUUGGAGGUAGUGUGAAAGGAUGUGAGGUUGACGGUAAGAGCGUCAAUGGGUGGAAUCUUCAUGCAAAGAAAGGGAAACUGGUCGUCCCUGUUGGGAAGCCAUUGACGAGAGAUUUUAAGAUCGUGCUUAAGAAGUAAUGGAUGCUAAAUGUGGAAGUAAAUAGUCUUGCUCCUGCAUCUCCUAGGCGAGGGAAACAAAACAUUGACUGAAAUGGCGUUCGUUGACGCAAGAUGAGGAACAGUGAUUGUUUUCGCUCAUGGCUAUCGAUCUGUACAAUUUCUCAGGUUCAGAACGACAAGUCCUACGGUUCCUUAGAACGUCAAAGCAGUAGUCUCGGCGAAUAAGGAAUGGUCACCAAAAUUGAACGUAGAU